AUGAGGAGGGGUAGUGGGCUGGUUUGCCUGUUCUCACGCCCAAUACACAGACACAGCCCGAGGCAAGUUUGGUUUCUCGGAGAGAGAGGAGCGAACAUGGCAGCGCGUUGGUGGCUUUGGUGUGUCUCCGCGAACAUGGCGGUGGCGCUGCUGCUCAGUUACGGGGUUCCCUCAGCCUCUGCUCAAAGAAAGAAGGAGAUGGUGUUAUCAGAAAAGGUUAGUCAACUGAUGGAAUGGACCAAUAAAAGACCUGUAAUAAGGAUGAAUGGAGACAAGUUCCGUCGCCUUGUUAAAGCCCCACCAAGAAACUACUCCGUUAUUGUCAUGUUCACUGCUCUCCAACUUCACAGACAGUGUGUCGUGUGCAAGCAAGCUGAUGAAGAAUUCCAGAUCCUGGCAAACUCGUGGCGAUACUCCAGUGCAUUUACCAACAGGAUAUUUUUUGCUAUGGUGGAUUUUGAUGAAGGCUCUGAUGUAUUUCAGAUGCUAAACAUGAAUUCAGCUCCAACUUUCAUCAACUUCCCUGCCAAAGGGAAACCCAAGCGAGGUGAUACAUAUGAGUUGCAGGUGCGUGGUUUUUCAGCUGAACAGAUUGCUCGGUGGAUUGCUGACAGAACUGAUGUCAACAUUAGAGUAAUUAGACCUCCAAAUUAUGCUGGUCCUCUUAUGUUGGGAUUGCUUUUGGCUGUUAUUGGUGGACUGGUGUAUCUUCGAAGAAGCAGUAUGGAAUUUCUCUUUAAUAAAACUGGAUGGGCUUUUGCAGCUUUGUGCUUUGUGCUUGCUAUGACAUCUGGUCAAAUGUGGAACCAUAUAAGAGGACCACCAUAUGCUCAUAAAAAUCCCCACACAGGACAUGUGAAUUAUAUCCAUGGAAGCAGUCAAGCCCAGUUUGUAGCUGAAACACACAUUGUUCUUCUGUUUAAUGGUGGGGUUACUUUAGGGAUGGUGCUGUUAUGUGAAGCUGCUACAUCUGACAUGGACAUUGGAAAGCGAAAAAUAAUGUGUGUGGCUGGUAUUGCACUUGUUGUAUUAUUCUUCAGUUGGAUGCUCUCUAUUUUCAGAUCUAAAUAUCAUGGAUAUCCAUAUAGCUUUCUGAUGAGUUAAAGAGGAUCCUAGAGAUAUGUAGACACUGGAGUAAUGGAAAUUGAAAAAUGUAUGUGUGUUUGAAAAGAAGAAUGCAAUUUGUGUAUUUUGUAUUACCUCUUUUUUUUUCAAGUGUUUUUAAAUAGUUAAUCAUUUAACCAAAGAAGAUUUGUAGUGCCUUAACAAGCAAUUUCUUGUCAAAAUCAUGAAGUAUUUGGAUACAGUUCUCUUAACCUUCCCUUCCUGAUGAACUUUAUGUAACAUUUAAUUUAGUAGAAUUAAGUACAUUAUAAAAAUUUUAUAACUACAUUUUAAUUAGAACAGGGUUCAAAACUGCUUUAGUUAACUAUUUGCCACUUGAUUUUAUAUAAUCUUAUCCAAAGAUAGAGGGAAAAAAGUCCUGACCAGGUGUUCCUACAUAUGCCUAUUACAAAUGAAUGCAUCAGGAUGCAUUCUUAGCUGUUCCAUCUUUGCAUGGAUGUGUAUACUUUGUACAUCUUUCCUUUUGGACAGAGAAACUGUAUGUGCUAUGUGAUCUUCUGAUACUUCUAGCCUGUAGAAAAGAAGACUAGCCAGUCCUCCCCAUCCUUCAUGUUUCCUACUGAAAUACAGUGUUGGCUAUGCUUCUUGGUAACUGUAGACAUUAAAAAGUCUAAGUACAGAAAAAAAAAAGUCUAAGUACAGGAUUAUGAUUUUUGCAUGAGUGUGGUGUUAACUACUUAUAUUUGGAAAGAUUUCAGGUUCAUUCUGUCUCCUUAGUUUAUUUAAGGUAGGCCUCUAUUAAAAACGUAGCUUAGUGCUAAAAUCAGUGUAACUUCAAAAUGGUCUAAAGUGUUUCUACAAAUUAGAGAUUGUCACUUACUUCAUUUGUACCUCAUCAAAAAAAUAGGUUCAUCUAGUUAAGCAUAUUUCAUUAACCCUUGUAUUUAGGAAAAGGACUAGGUUUGGAAAAGCAUAUCCUGAUAUACUGAGUUGUUGCCUAUGAAUAGAAAGUAAAUUGUUUCCUGAAAGUUAUGUUUUUGCUAUUAUUUUAGCCUUCAUUCUUUCACUUUAAGUGGAGAAACAGUAAACAUUUGAAGAGGUUUUGAGUUUUGUCUUUUUUUUGUCAGUGGAAAUAACCAUAGAUGCUAACAAAAUAUCUGUGAAGAAUGAAAGUUGAUGGUUAUCAUUAGAUCUAGCCAUAACCUCCCCCAUAGUUAUGAAAAGUAUCCUGAAAUUUCACUAUUAUAAAAAUAUGAUAAUUACGGUUGUGAAAAUUUUUUAAAGAAAUCAAAGAAAUAUUACAUUAAAGUGAUAUUUUGCCUACUAUUCACCAUCUAAUAACUCUCCUAUGUGGUCUAGAAGUCUUGUAUAAUAGAGAUUUGCAGAAAAGAUGAAUUGCCUAAGAAGAAAUGUUUUACAUGGGUUUUUUGUUUUUGUUCCAAUAUUUGUUGGGUCAGGGCAUAUACUUGACCUUUUACUCUUUAGUGGAUCCACUUUUGUCAAAUACUUCCCUAUACAUUGUGUGAUUCUGGAUUCCUUAUCUGCUGUUCUUGCAAUUGUCUCAGGCCAAAUAAAUUUAUGCUGUGAUUCUUAUGAGAUUUGUAUGAAGAUGCCCUGAUUUGUACAGACUGACCAGGGUAAUACUACUGCCACGUAAUCUGUAUAGCUUUAGAUAUGUGCCAUGAGCAUUGAAAGAAUGACACUUUUUUGUAUUUGCUUUUUCUCCCUUAAGAGCACAUUUUUCUUGUGCAAGGAGAAGAAUUGCAUUCUGGCUAAAAUCUGUAGAAAGCAGAUUUACUAAACUUAGAGUUACUUUUGUGGAAAUUUUGAAAUUCACUUUCAUCUGAAGUGCCUUAAGUAGACUCUUAAUUUACUUUUCUAGUAAUGUUUUAGAUAUUUGUUAUGCAUCGUAAAAAUACUUUUCAAAAUUACACAUUGUAGUAGCAAAGAUAAUCAAGUGUCUGGCUGUUUGCUUUUUGACCAUAUCAAUAAAAUUUUACAAUCUAAAUUCUUAAGUUUAUUUAUUAACAUGUAAAGAGGGGUAAAUUUAAAACACUAAAUUAGGAUUGUAAUAUUAGGUUAUUUCAUUUUUUAAAAAAACGUUUAUUUAAGUAAGAGAGAAAGCGCAUGAGCAGGGGGUGGAGCAGAGGGAGAGAGAAUCUCAAGCAGAUUCCCCCUAAAUGCGGAGCCCGAUGGUUGGUCACUUAACAGACUGAGCCACCCAGGUGCGCCUAGGUUAUUUCAUUUUGAGGUUAUAAUUAAGUUUCUUACUGUCCUGGGAUGCCUGGGUAGCUCAGCGGUUGAGCAUCUGCCUUCAGCCCAGGGCAUGAUCCCAGGUCUGGGGAUCGAGUCCCACAUCAAGCUUGCCGCAAGGAGCCUGCUUCUCCCUCUGCCUAUGUCUCUGCUUCUCUCUGUCUCUCAUGAAUAAAUAAAAUCUUUUUAAAAAGUUUCUUACUGUCCUAAAGACAGUAAACUUGAUAGGCCAAUUUCCUUAAGUAUUUCUAAAUUGAGAUACAUUCUUCCAGGAUUCCAUGUUAUCUUUCAUUAAUGUUGUUGCCCAUUAGGUUAGUCAAAACAGCCAAGAUAAGUAGAUGAAUAGCUGUCUUCAAUGAUUGGUCUUGUUCUGUACCUGUCAGUGAACAUUGUGACUAGGUAAUUACCUUUUUGUACUAAAUAAUUGAUUUGAAACAGUUACUCAGAUUUUCAAGUUAUGUGAGACUGGACAAUAGUACAUUUCCAAACAUAGAAUGGGAACACUGGACAGGAAGUAGCGAGAUCUGGCUUUUAAACAGCUUUUAGUCUUUCUGUCUAGCUAUAUGACCAUAGGCAAGUCACUUGAAAUAGGUUCUCUCAGGACCUAUUUCCUUAAUGUGAGUGUAUUGGAUUAGUUACUUCAGUGUUCUUCUAGCACCACUGUUUUAGGCACAAAAUAUUAAAAAUAUAUUUAAAUUUGAAUUGAAAUUCAAAUAUCAUUUGUGAUAUUUGGGUUUGGUAUUGAAUUAAAUCCGUUGAAGUGUAGGAUGUUUUGUAAUCAGACUUCUGAAGAAGCCCUGAAAUGUUUGUAGAGGCCAUUAUAGCUGCAAGUUGUUUAAUAUACAUUGAAAUUUUUUAGAAAGGAUAUACUUGAAACCAGUAUGUUAAUAUCAGAUCUUGAUUCAAAUGACCAGGUAUAAGCAAGAAUGAAAUCAAUAACUGUAUGCUAAUAUUGACUUACAGCUGGAAAAAACUUAUGAUGCCAAUUUAUGAUGCCUGGCCAUGGCUCUGCAGCCAGCAGUUGCAGGUAGAGAACUUCAGGUCUGAAGUUCUUUUUGUGACCUUCAAUUAAAAUUAAUGAAAUGUUUUUCCCCCUCAAACACAGCUCAAACAUAAUUUCUGGGAAGUUUUCCUGACCUCCCACUUUGGGUUCUUUACCCUUCCUCUUUUACUUAGUGCAUGCUGAUCUCUGUUAUUCUAUCUUGUAAUUACCAGUUUUCUCCCAUAAUCUGUAAUUUCCUUGAGAACAAGAUUAUUGUCUUAUUCAUCUUUGUAUGCUCAUUUUCUAAGAUGCCUGCAUAGUACAUGCUCAGUAAAUUUUCAGAUGGAAUAAAGAAAAAAAGAUCUUU